GCUCAGUUGAUCGGGAAAGGUUUCGCGGUGCGGAAUCGCGUACCCUGAAGAGUAGCCGAUUCUAGAUUAGAUUUUCUAUGUCAAAGUGGAAGAUUUACAGAUCACUCGUACUCUCGUGAGUAGGAAAAUUGAUAAUUGAUCGUUCAUCAUUUUGGGAGUGGGACAUUUUAAGUUUUCUGAGUGGUAGGACGAACAUCCUCAGAGGUGCCAGGAGUUCCAGUUCCUCGUCUCCGAAUGUUUUCUCCUCGGUGACCCAUCGCCGAGAAAUUCCACGCAUUCGAAGGAAGGUUCUUCAGGUUCUUCAACAGGAAUGCGUGGUCCUCUUCUAGUCGCGACAGUGGUCGUGGCGACGGUGUUCGCCACUCGAAAAAUCCAUGAUAACGUUCCUCGAUCCUCCAGGAAGUCCAAAAGACAGGAAGGUGCGGUGAGACUCGUCGACGGGAGGGCCGACCACGAAGGAAACGUGGAGAUCCUCCACGAGGGCAAGUGGGGCUGUGUCUGCGACGACGAGUGGGAUGAUCCUGAAGCGAACGUAGUUUGUGGACAACUGGGAUUCCCUGCUGCGGAAGAGGCCACCGUUGACGGUCGCUUCGGCAGGGCGAGAAGGCGAUUUUGGAUGGACAAUGUGCAGUGUCAAGGCAAUGAAUCGGAACUUAGGUGUUGUCGCUUCGACGGCUGGGGAGCGAAUGACUGCCGCAGCGGAGAAGCCGCUGGUGUCGUAUGCGCUCUGCAUCGGAAUCCGGAAAAUCGGCUUGAAGAAAUGAUUGAUAACGAAGGUCGAUCCUUGAAGAAGGUGAAGAUUGGCACGGCUCGGAGGAAGAAAGUGCCGAUAAGAUUGGCAGGGGGUCGGGCUUCCACUGAGGGAAGGGUGGAGAUGAAGCUCGGGAAAGGAGACUGGGGCGUCGUUUGUGGAGACGGAUGGUCGCUUUUAGAAGCUGCCGUUGUUUGCCGACAAUUGGGACUAGGCUUUGCUUCGGAUGCUGUCAGGACCAGUCAUUUUGGGGGACAAAAGAUCCCUCUUAUCAUCAGCGGAGUGAGAUGCGAAGGUGGCGAAACCAACAUCUCCGAAUGUCUACGGGAUGCUCAAUUUACUUGUCCCGGAGGUGGGGAAAACAUCGCCGGGGUUAUCUGCGUUUCCAGGAUGGCGGAUCUUGCAAUCGACCAUCUCGAGCUUACCAGAACUGCGUAUCUUGAAGAUAGACAACUCUAUUGGCUUCAGUGUGCCAUGGAGGAAAAUUGCGUAGCCUCGAGGGCUUAUGAAAUUCAGAAAUCCUCGGCGGAUUGGCAUAUGGAGACCAGAAGACUUUUGCGGUUCACCGCCAGAAUCAUCAACGUGGGAACGGCCGAUUUUCGACCAUUCGUGCCGAAACAUUUGUGGCAGUGGCACGCAUGUCACAUGCACUAUCACUCGAUGGAGGUGUUCGCCACCUUUGAUAUCAUGAACUCGAACGGAACAAAAGUGGCCGAGGGUCACAAAGCUUCUUUUUGUUUAGAAGACAACCAAUGCAUGCCGGGAGUUCAACCAAGGUACAAAUGUGCGAAUUAUGGCGAUCAGGGGAUCUCGGUAAAUUGCAGCGACAUAUACAAACACAAUAUCGAUUGUCAAUGGGUGGAUAUUACGGAAUUAGACCCAGGCCAAUAUACAUUUAAAGUCGCUGUGAAUCCUGAAUUCAAAGUCGGCGAAAUGUCCUUCGACAACAAUGCUGCUCUUUGUCGAUUGUUGUACACGGAAACCUUUGCUACUGUACACAGUUGCACGACCCAGCGACCGUGAAUGCAAAUUUAAAAAAAUAAAUUGAAAUUAUCUAGCAGUGAA